AUGGCUGCGACAGCGAGAUCCGAUUCAGAGAUGAAACAGAAGUGUAAAAAGAUGCUAAAUAGUAAAGGAAAAAUGGAUCCCAUUGAAAGAUUAAGAUUACAGUGCCUCAGUCGUGGUUCGGCUGGCAUAAAAGGCAUAGGAAGGUAGGAACUUAACGCUAUCAUUUUGUGUAGCUGACAGUUACCUUCAUCUGCAAAACUUGUUUACCUGGAAGAAUUGCCGCAUGGUGUUUUCCUUUUUUAAGGCUUUCUUUGGUUGUACACGGUUGGUGUGAAAUUGUGACGGAGGGGACGGAAUUUGACGAAUUUUUAUCCAUGAAUUAGGCGGAGAAAAUAGGCUUCCCCGAAUACGAAAUUGUAUAAAGCUUUGAUAGGGCUAUAUGAACUAUGCCUGAAGCAAGUGAAUGGUAAAUGCAAUCCAUCCAGUUUAGAAAGCAGAAGAAAGAAUGGUGCAAUGUAGUCAUUUAGAUCAAACAAACACUCACUCUUUCAAUUUGCUUUCUACAUGCAAAAAUAUGAAUAUAAGUCAAUUCAUAAGACAAUUAUCUUUUAUCUUAGUGCAAUCAUAUUCCACUUUUACCGAGAAACAUUUUUCAUAUUCGUAGUAGUACUUUGACAUCAUUCAAUAGUUUCACUGAUCUUAGUAAUAGCACAUGAUUGCUGCAAGUCCUCCCCCUCGCCCCUCAGUUAAGCUGUGGUUUCUUGGGUGUCCUGUUGCUAUAUGGGCAUUACAACGUGGAUAUAUAUUUGUAAAGAUGAUGUUUAGCUUGCCUAGUCCCUGUACGGUGUUUUCUCAGUCCCUCUGGGUCAAUUCGUUUCGGUGAUGUAUCCGAGGCGAACGGGCGGGAAACAACUAGACAAAAACAGAAUGCACAUGCUUGCGUUACUUUUUGAAAUUCAAAGAUGAUGUUAAUGUUGUGAGCAGCAAGCAAGCAGGCAGCAGGAGAUUUUGGUUAUUAACCACGCUUAUGGAUAUUUGUAGGAUAGACUUUUGCCGACUGGCUUUGAAAAGUCAUCAGAAUGUUAUUCAUAGUCCUAUGAAGAUUUAUACUGCUCCUCUCAUCAUUCCAACUGAGCUAUCGGAGUUUGCUGCUCGUGAAUUUUCAAAGUAAACACAACUGACCCGUGUAUUGUAAACUUAGACCUCAAAUCUUGAAUAAUUAGAAAAACCAUACUUUCAAAUAAAUUCAUUAGAGCGGUUGUAUCAAAAAGUGCCCAGAAACUGAAUCUAAACGUAAAAAUCCUAUAAAAUUCCGGACAUUCACAGACAUGAUGCGUGUUUGCUAUGUUUUUAGCCAUUAUUUCUCCUAGUUCCAGCUGUAGUUCUUACUCUUGAAACGAGUAAAGUGUUCGCCAUUUUAGUUUUUACAACAAAAAAAACUCAAUCUCGUCCCCAGGUCUUCUCGGUUAAUGGUGCAUUAACGUGUAGAAGGCUGCAUUUUUGACGUCAUUUCCUCGUUAAACACAAAAUUCUCCCAAAUUUGGUAAUAAGUAACUGGGUAUGGUGAAUUAUGGGUGUGCUUUUAGCCAAUCAGAAUUAGGGAAAUAUUUUGAAUGAAUAAUAAUGUUAUUUAUUUACUGUCCUGGCCCCAGUUGUUUAAAAGGUGGAUAGUGCUAUCUGCUGGAUGAAUCUCCAUCCAGUGGAUAGUGCAAUUGGUUUCCCUAAUACUUUAUCCACUGGAUAGAGAUUUAUCCAAUGCAUAGUGCUCUCCAGCUUUUGAACAACUGGGGCCAGGUGUCAAAAUCUUAUUGAGACCCUACUGGAAGCUCAUUAGUUGAAUUAUGUACAGAAUACUGUUUACAAGUAAAUGUUUUAUUUCUGUUUUCUUUCUCCACCAGAGUUUUCAGAAUAAUGGAUGAUGACGCAAAUCGAACACUGGAUUUUAAUGAGUUCAAAAAGGGUAUUCGUGAAUAUGGCCUUCAUCUUGAACCAAAGGUAUCUUUGACAUACUUCUUUGCCGGUGCUGGACUGCAAAAUAAAGUUUCGAUUUUUGCAAUGAUCUUGAAUAUUUACAUAGCACCCUGCUCUCACCAGGCUGGGGCUAUGUAGUUAACCCUUUAAGCCCCAAUAUACAUGUACAAAUUCUCCAAACUGAUCUCUAUACAUUUCCUUAAAGAAUGAGUUGAGUGAAUUUGAUAAAAGAUCAAAGCAUUUUCUUUAAGGUGAUCAGUUUAUUAAUUCUCAUAACCUAAUCUCUUGACAAUGUAUGGAUAUUGUUAGGAGAAAAUUGAUGUUGGUCACUGUCGGGACUUAAAGGAUUAACCUACAAAAGUAGGGAGCUUAAGCAAUGAUGAUGGUAAAAACACAGUUGGGUUAGAUUGGUAAAACAACAACUCUGCUCAUUCAUCAUGCUUUUUUGUACAUUUCUUUGCUGUCGGUGCAUGUCUAUGACUUGAAGCUUCCUAAUGUCAUGUUUUAUAGAGGAUGGGAGUACAAGACAACGAUUUCCUCUUUCUUUUGUGAAGUUAGGUAGAGUCCUUUAAAAUCCAACUCCUGAAAAAAUCGCCAACCUAUGACAAACUGUAAGAGUUGGGAUGAAUUUGAAACAGCAAAGAAUCCUAUUUUUUCGGCUGAAGUUUUUGUCGCUGUUGCUGUUGUCAUUGCUUAAGCUCUCUAAUGUCGCCUGACAGGGGGGCAAGGAAUCUAGUGACAAACAUACAAGAUGACUCAAAAGAGUGUAUGUUGUGGUUUUGUUUUAUCCUUGGUUUAAAUUUUAUUUUCCUUUGCAGCCCUUCAAGUAGCGACCAUUUUGGUCAUGGCACCUAAAAGUUUGUAAAAAAGUCUCCCUAAGCCAAAAGAGUUGGUGGCCAAAUGGCGACCAAACAAAAACUUUAACUUGGGGGGGUCGCUUUGUAAGUUCCAGACUCAUUACCAUGUAUAACCAUGAGCAAACCCCAAAGUAAAAUACAAUUAAAAACCAGUGCAAGGACACAAUUGAACAACAACCGAUAAACUAUCACUCAUUGCUUUAAAGUCUUUAAUUGACUUCUUCAUGUACAUAUCCUUUUGUUGGCCUCGUUUGUGAGUGGACCUUUUAUAUUAUUUAUUAUUGUAGGAGUUGAAGGAAAUGUUCCAAGCAUUUGAUACGGAUGGCAGUAAUGUUAUUGACUUUGAUGAGUUUCUCCUCGCCCUCAGAGUAAGUUGAAGACUUACAUGUACAUGUGUAGUUUAAUUAAUCAAGAUUAUUAGACAGAGGAAAAAAGAACUAUUUAAUUUGCUUCAUGUAUGAAAUUCAUUUGAAAGAAAUUCAUUAAUUUCAUUCCUUAUCCACUGGUUAAACCCAUCAUCAAUUAUAGAUGGGUGAGGGGAUGGUGCUUGGAGAAAUAAUUUCUAUAAUUAUUGAGGGAGCCACAAGCUGGUGUGACCAUUCAAAUGCAGUCUCUCACUUACAGCUGUACUUUCAUGUGGUGUUAUUUGUUUUGUACGUUGUUCUAUCCUUUGAGUCUGCGGACAAAAUCCUAUGGUGUAACCAUUUAAAUGCAACCUCUUACAGUCUAGCUAGUACUUUAACAUGGUACUAUUUGUUUUGUGAAAACUGUGCUUGCGACAAUCCCGAAAGGUAAUAUGGGAUAUGAUCAACGCACUUUUCCUGACACUCAAAGCUGUCAAAUCUACUUUUGUUGCUUUCCUUUAGCACUGGAAAACAUAGGUCCAUGGCCUCUUUUGCCAUUCUCACAAAUUUCUUUGAAAAACAGUGAACUCGAAAUCACCCACAGUACCUUUCGGGAUUGUUGCCUGCACUGUCUUUUUCCGACAAGCUUUCUUGAUAUAGCUAUAUGUAUAAUCAUGUACAUGUGGUUCUAUCAUUUGAGUCUGUGGACAAAAUCCUACGGUGUGACACUUCAAAUGCAUCCCAUCAGGUACUACUUUUACGUGGUGCUAUUUUGUUUUUCAGCAUUUUACAUGUAGAAAUUAUUUUUGUUGAAUAACGACUUUUGGCCCUGGGUGAUAAUUCAAGCAUUUACAAUAUUGUGAUGUACACCAGGGUUUUCAAUGAGAACCGGUGGCCGGCGAAAUUGGCUGGCUAUUUCACGUAAACCAGCCUACUUUUCUUUGGAAAUUACCCUAGUUUAAGUAGUUGGAUAUUGAUGUGCUGUCACUGAAUAAAAGUUAAAAAGUGUCUUUUUUCUAGUGUCCAAACACUCUAAUUUUUGCUCCAGAAUGCUGGAAAUGCAUAUUUGUAAGAGGCCCAGAUUUCAAUUUUAUUUUUUCAGAAACUUGCAACUUUGCCGUGAGUUUUGUUUUCCUUCUCCACCAAUACCAAAGCUUCUGCCACCUACCUAAAAUCUUAUUGAAAACCAUCAUGGUACAUGCACACCCUGAUAUUUGGUCCUUACUCUUGUCCUCCAGCCACCCAUGAGCAAGGCACGUAAGGAUAUCAUAAAUGAAGCUUUUAAUAAGUUAGACAAGACUGGAGACCAGGUCAUAACAGUGGAAGAUCUUAGAGGGUAUGUAGUACUACAUGUACACUUACACCAUCCUGUACACUAUUGUCUGUCAGUUCCAGUGAUAUUUUAGUGGUUGACACUUACAGUUGCUGUAGCUGUGAAUUCAAGCCACUCAGUCACAUUGAUGUAGAUAAGAAAUAAUAGAUUAAUGGGUACUGGUGACAUAAUAUACUGCUUGAGAAUAAGCUUUAACCUAUCUUGUGUGUGGGUUUUUUUGGGGGGGAGGGGACCAAUGACACUACAAAACAAGUUCCAGUCGUUCAAACGUUGAAUAGGGCUAUGCAGCUUAUUAAUAAGUAUUAGGGAAACCAAUUGCAUUAUCCAUCGCAGAGAGAUUUAUUGGGUGGAUAGCAUUAUCCACCUUUUGAGCAUUCUUGAUGCCUACUCAAAGGUAAGAUAUUACCCUCUUGCAAGAUGAGAAGUUUGUCCAGUCCUUGGGGUUGCCAAUCUAGGCGGACUUGGGGUGGGAGGGGUGACUCCUUCUCUUAACCUUUGACUCUGAUUUGACAACUACUGUUUUCAAAGGAAGUGAUCUACUAUAAGUGCUGAUUUAAGUAUUUUCAGUCAUUUAAUUUUUUAAUUUUUUGCAGGGUAUACAAUGUGAAGGCACAUCCAAAAUAUCAAAAUGGUGAAAUGACAGAGGAUCAGAUUUUCACCAAAUUCUUAAACACCUUUGAAGUAGGUGGUGAUGUGGAUGGAAAGGUGAGUCAACCCUUUAAGCCCCAAUAUCCACAUACAAAUUCUCCAAACUGAUCUCCAUAGAUUUUCUUAAGAAUUACUUGAGAGAAUUUGAUAAAAGAUCAUGGCAUUUUCCCUUUGGUGAUCAUUUUAUUAAUUCUCAUAACCAUCCCUCUUGACAAUGUAUGGAUAUUAUUAGGAGAAAAUUGUUUUUUGUCACUAUUGGCACUUAAAGGGUUAAGGCUAGGCUCAGUUCGAGAAGAUUCUCUCUGUUUUGAGAAAUAUUUGUUUCAAAGGCACAAAGCUUCAUUGUGGUCUCCGUCAAAUGAGAAAGACUUGCGAAAGCUGUGCUUUUCACUUUAAAGCUAAGGUUGUUUCUUUUACUGUUGAAGGUUUUUUUUUACAAUCUGUAAAAGGUGUACUUUAAAAGUUCUGAGUGUUUGAAAACUGAAACUGUUGUCAAUGUUGGCGCCAUUUGUCAAUUACACUGGGGAGCGAAGCGUUUUCAUAAAUAAACAAGAUCAAUUUUUUUCCCAAGGGUAAAUGGCUAUUACUAACUGAAAAUCCAGGUGUGGAAAUUCAAUGUAUAUAUCUUGGAUUGAACUUAAAAAGAUAAUUUUAAUUAUUGUUAAUUCAAAACAUUUCUUUGUUUCUGAUUGGCUUAAAUCCUCAAGCUAAGUCCUUCAUAACCAGGUAGCAUUGACCAAAUUAAUUUGGAAGAUGUUUGCCAAUAUAAAUACAAUUGACGUCAAUCAUCUUGAUAUGGACAGAAAAAAGGACGCACGGCCUAUUUUAACAGUGCAGAGCUGUGUGUCAGAAGUUCUGUUACAAGAAAUAUUUCUGAAUUGAAAAUAUAUGAAAUGAAUCAUAUUCUGAAUUACCGAUAAAUUCGCAUAUCGUUAUCCGCAGUUCAAAAUAUGAUUCAUUUCAUUUUUUUCAAUUCAUGUCAUUUCCACUAUCGUGUAAUUACGUCAAUUGUCUUGAUAUCGACAAAAAAAAAAAAAAACGGGCGCAGAAGGUGUCAGAAGUUCUGUUACAGGAUUAGAAUAUCUUUCUGAAUUGAAAUGAAAUGAAUCAUUUUGAACUACGGAUAAAGAUAUGUGUACACGAUCUUCGCAUAUCAGAUAUCUUAAUAAUCCGGGUUUAAAAUAUCAUUCAUUUCAUUAUUUCAAUUCAUGUCAUUUCCACCAUCGAUUGUGAACUCACAAUGGCCUGCUCUCCAGUUGGCGUGAUUAGCUCAAUAGAUAUAGCGUUGCGUCCGGUCACCGCAAAGGUCAGGGUUCCAUUCCCGAUCCAGCCCGAAUUUUGUCAGGUUCUUUUACAACCGCUUUGGUUGUUCAUUCAGGAGCACCCAACGUCACUUUUCUGAAAAUAUCUGUUCGCAAGACGAUUUCGGAUCUAGAAUUUUCGGAACAUUUGUUGUAAAAUUUCUUGCUUGCCUUCCUCUCCUAGGAUUUUCGAAUAUCUAAAUAACGGUAUAAUUGCCCAUUUUUAACGGAUUUUUACCCUUAAAAGGUCACCUAGAAUUUUCAGGAGCCUUUUUUCUGGCUUAAAUUUUCGAAAAGGUAACUGUUGAUCCCUAUAAUUUUCGGAUCACUAGACUUUCAGCUAGGAAAUCCGAACAGACGAAAAAUUUUCAGGGGAUAAAAUAUGCCUAUAUCUACCGUUUAAAUACUGAAAUACGUUUAACAAUGCUAUGUUUAAGUGGUUUUGAACUAUAUUGUCGUUGGGUGCCCCUGUUCAUUCAACUGCGAAGGGAAUGUUCACUUUCAUAAAAUAUCUUUCUGUUGAUAUUCCGUUUUAGAUAACAAGAGAUGAAUUCAUGAAUUACUAUGCAGGAGUCAGUGCAUCUAUAGAUAAUGACGCGUACUUUCUACUUAUGAUGAAAAGUGCGUAUAAACUCUGAAUACUACACCCAGCCGUUUUGUCGAACUGCGCAUUAUUAGGCGAGGCUGGGCUCACCGAGGAGGAACAUUCGUUCUGCGUAUAUAGAAUAUGAAUUGCUAUGGACUGCAGAAGGAUGAAACAUAUGUACGCCCACCCUUUAGCAGGCUUCACACCCAAGACCAGGCGACCGUUAAGUCGAACUUAUUAAUUAGAUAUCAGCUAUAGGAGCUGUGGAACUUGCUUCGUUGAUGGCGUUUAAUGCUUUUUAAUUCAAGUAGACAGUUGCUACCUUGCCCCUGCCAGGGUUCUAUCUAGGAUUU